UUAUCGCAUAGCUCUUGUUAGUUUUUAUAUGCAAAUCAAUAAAUUAAUUUUGUUUAGUGUAAAGUAAAAUCGCCACGAUGAUGUCUGAGGAGGAACAGAUGAGGAUGGAGUUGCAGCGGAUGCAACGUCGAGCUGAUGAGAUAACGGAUGAAUCCUUAGAAAGUACGCGAAGAAUGUUGCAAAUGGCGGAAGAAACGCAAGACACUGGGAUAAAAACUUUGGUUGCUCUUGACGAGCAAGGUGAAAAGCUGAACAGGGUUGAAGAGAAUUUAGAUAUUAUAAACGCUGAUAUGAAGGAAGCAGAAAAGAAUUUAACUGGGCUGGAAAAGUUCUGUGGAUUGUGCGUUUGUAGUUGCAGAAAGCGUCCAGAUUUCGAGAAAUCAGAACAGUAUAGAAAAGCGUACGGUAAACGCGACGAGUUUUCAGAUGUGAAAAAUAAUCGAUCUGGUCCAAGUUCAAGUGGUGCGAAGGCUCCCUCUGGUGGCUACAUUCAGAGAGUAACAAAUGAUGCACGUGAAGAUGAGAUGGACGAAAAUAUUGGUCAAGUUGCUGGUAUAGUGGACAAUCUAAAAGCGAUGGCAAUAGACAUGGGAAGUGAAUUAGAAACACAAAAUAAACAAAUUGAUCGAAUUACAGACAAGACCACUGCAAACGAGACUCGCAUUGAAAGUGCCAACAAACGCGCCGAACAUAUACUACGCAACUAAAAUUACGAAUACAUAGGAAAGAACCCUGCUACUUUAUCAAAAUUUUAAUUAUCCGGAUAGCUGUUAUGUCAUGCCUAUUUUUUAGUCUCGUUGGAGCUUGGUUAAUCGCGUAUUUUUAAUUUUUAAAUCGUUCAAAAGCAUAUCGUCAAAUGUUGUGAUAAGCUUCGCCCUGUUUUGGGCGUUAAAUAACGAUUGUGUAAAGGCGUAAUUUGGCGUAUUGUAUGUAAUUGGUUGCACUGUAACGGUAACUUGUAUUGUAAGCAAUACUUGUGGUUUAAAGCAAUGGCCCAAAGACUGAUUAAUUUGAUUUGUCGUGACCAUUUCUUGUCUCGAUUGUAAAUUAAUAUAUAUAUAAAUAUAUAAAUACGAUUUGUAUAAUAUGUUGGUUAAUUUUUUGCACUUGUUUUUUUCUACUAGUUUUUUAUGUAGUGCAUGUUGCACCUUAGUUAGGAUAAGAUAUAUUGGGGGAAAUUUUGUAAGACUAGCAAAAAAACUGCUAAAAUGUCGUCGGGCUUUUUGACACAAAAAGAAUGAGUGAAAUCAUCCUUAGAUUGUUUUUGUCAUAGAAUUUGCUCUGUUUUUGGUCAUUAUUUUUAUACGUCCUGUCCCUGCGCUUGUAAAGUCAAAGAUUACUUCUCGUAUUACGAUAAGAUGACAUCUAUUUUCAAAUUGUCAUAAUGGCAAAAGUAGUAGUGUUGUGACGCUAAACCUUUGUUUUACUUAUUGUUCAUAAUGUAGUUAGGGGUUUAAGGUGCUUUUGUAAGGUCCAGUUUUCACCAACUAAAUUGUGUAUAAUUUGUCAACAAAAUAUAUGCGCACGGCUUCAUCUGGACUAAAUAUUUUUUUUAUUAUGAAACUUACUAGCAGGAAUAUAUAUUAUACUGUAAUACAA